AUGACUCGUGAUACACCCGAAGAUGUCAGUACUGCAGGCGCAAAGGAUAUUUUAGAUGUUUUGAACCUACUAAAAGGAGGAGAAGAGAAAAUCUCGGAAGUCGAACUUAAGUUGGAUGAAAUGGAAAAGAAAAUGGACUCUCUGUUAGUUCAGUUAGAAGAUCUACACAGGGACAACAAUGAUUUGGCAAAAAGUUCCAGCCAAAAAUAG